AUGAGUGGCACUGUAACCCCGUCAGAUACUGUUUCUCCACGUUCGCAACGUUUUCGGGACUCUGUUCACAACAUCCCAACACCUGGCACAGAAGUACACCGGCCCAAGCGUUAUGAGCCUAUUGUUUUGAACAUAUAUAUUGUUGGAGGCAUUGCUCUACUCAUGAUAUGUCUGGGUGUUGGACUUGAAAUAGCUCUGCGCUUAUCAGAUAAAAGCCAAGGCUUCUCAGUACCUGCAAAGAAUGUGUUUACCUUUGUAUCAACUCAAUUCCUCACGUCGUUUAUUCCGACGUUGCUGGUGGUCCCACUCGCGUAUUUCUGGGCUGUAGCAGACUGGAUGAUCAGAUGGUAUCAGCCAUAUGUCACAUUAUCCGAGGGCAACGCACCUGCAGCACGCAGUAUUCUGUUAGAUUAUAUCGCACUCAAUCGCCUAACCACCUUAUAUUAUUCCCUCAAGCACCGGCACUGGUUAAUAAACGUAUCCACACUCACUGCCCUUUCUGUCAUCUUCAUGCAGCCGCUGGCCGGAUCUCUAUUUCAAGUACGACAGGAACCCUACACAGCAGCUGUCACCGCAACAAGCACGCGUAGCAUCGGGCUGUCGCCUACCAUCAGUCAACUUACUUCAUUUCUCGCUUCUGCAGGGUAUGCAGAUGCUGCAGUGUACAAUGACCUUCAAGAUCCACCAUUCAUUCAUGGCGCAUGGUCUGCUGCUCGAUUCACGGCCCCUCCAGGCUCCAUUUUGAAUGGAACUCUAGCCGUAAAUACCACUGCUAUUCAAACGAACGUCAAUUGCAUAAAACCAACCUCCUUCACGACCACCAAUCUCUCCAGCACAAGUAUUGCAUUAGAGGCUACAUUUUCGGCUAGCUGUAAUGCCAGUCUCGGUCUUAACCCUAACGAUGGUCCCGAUCAAUUCUCUGUGACACCGGCGUCGACGUGCGCGCCGUCUUACCAGGAUCUCAACUUUCAGCCCGUCGUUUUCUGGUUUUAUCAUUUGUCUGAUAACGGAGACCCACUAGGGACUGCUGUCUUCUGCCAACCGAGCAUUGCUAUUUUCGUAGUCGAGACUACGAUGGAUCUCAAUGACGGGUCUAUGGGAAACUGUAUAAUUGUCGAGCCCUAUGAGGAUAGCAAUAACGUUACAGGCAACCCUUUGAACGGCGAAGCAUUUAAUGGGGUCAUUUUUGAUGCUAGCAACAACACGUACAUUAUCGCCAGAGCCCUCGCCAUCAACUCGGGUAUACCAGGAGCUAUAUAUCGGUCCGCUUCGGAGCAAACGGGCGGUCCACAAUCCGUAUUCGACGAUCCUUAUGGAUUCGUCAAUGCCACUACAAAGAUCUAUACACAACAUCUUUCUAUUGCUGCGCAAACCAUUUAUUUCCUGCCAGACAAUGGGACCAUCCCUGCACAGCUGACAUCAGAUAUUUCAAGGUUGUUUGUCGAAACUUUGCCAGCACACCUGCUUUCCGUGCUAUUGAUAUGCAUCGGAAUUGCAUCCCUCAUCGUCCACACCCUGCACAAGCGCUCUCGCAGAAAUCUUUAUUUGACCAGCCCACCCGGCUCGAUCGCAGCCAUCGUAUCCCUCACAUCGCGUUCUGGCUUUGGCGAGCUCCUGCUGCCUUAUGAUAACGAAAGGCGCAUGAACAGCAACCUCGCUGGCCUCACUUUCCGUCUCGAUAAACGAACGGGCGCCAUAGUCGCGGAGGAAGACUUUGGCGAGGCUGAUACCUCUGACAAUAUAGCGCUGUUGGACCAUAAAAGGGGUUAUAGCGUGACGGUGGGGGUAGACAGCCUCUCUCCGUUGUCGCGCGCGUCUUUCAAAGACAAGGUUGAACCUGGUAGUCCUUGA